GCGGCGGAUUCAAACGGAAAAUGAAAGAUGGCCGCGGAGAAAGACACCGAUGUCAAUAAACGAGACAGAAGGGGCACGGUGUGCAAUGUGGUGAUCAGUCAGGAGUCAGAAACGCCCAUCAUCUUCAACCCUGACUUCUUCGUGGAGAAGCUGCGUCACGAGCAGCCCGAGGCCUUCACCGAGCUGGUGCUGAGUAACAUCACGCGACUCAUCGACCUCCCAGGAGCCGAAUUCUCACAGCUACUAGACGAGGAGCCCAAGACGCCCAACGCCACUGCAGCCGGAGGCUUCUUCCGCUCGUUCAACUUCCUCAAACGCAAAGACAAAUGUGUUGUGUUCGGCAUGCCUCUCACGGAGGAAGGAAUAGCCCAGAUAUAUCAACUCAUUGUGUACCUCAGCAAAAAUCUGCAUGUGGAGGGUCUGUUUCGGGUUCCUGGGAACAGCCUGAGACAGCAGACGCUGAGAGAGCAGCUCAACAGCGGCGCAGACAUCGACUUCUCCUCCGGUGACUUCCAUCCCAACGAUGUGGCCACGCUCCUCAAGAGCUUCCUGGGGGAGCUGCCCGAGCCCCUGCUGACCCAGCGGCACCUGCACGCUCACCUGAAGAUCACAGAGCUGAGCCUGUUUGACGAUCACGGCAACAAGACGAGUCUGCCGGAUAAGGAGCGUCAGAUCGAGGCGCUGCAGCUGCUGCUGAUGCUGCUGCCCACCGCUAGCCGAACCCUGCUGAAGCUGCUGCUGGACCUGCUCUACCACACCGCCAAACAGCAGGACAAGAACAAGAUGUCCGCGCACAACCUCGCGCUCAUGUUCGCUCCGCACGUCAUCUGGCCCAAGAACAUGAAUGCCAGUGACCUUCAGGAGAACCUGAAGAAACUGAACAGCAGCAUGGCGUUUCUCAUCAAACACUCCCAGAAGAUCUUUCGGGCGCCGGCGUAUCUGAGGGAACAUGCCAGACUUCAGUUCGCGAACACCAGACUGAUCCACUCCAAGGAUGAUCUGGAGCUGCUGUCGGUCGGAGGUUCUCCGUUCGCGUCGGCAUGUAAGAGGAGCGCAGCGCCAGUGGACAGUCACACAGAAGAGGCGCUCAGAGAGCUCUGUCGACACGUCACCGAUCACAUGCCAAACUCUGCCAAGAAGAAAAAACUCAUCCGACAGCUCGGCAAGCAGUCGAGUCCCAGCACUCCUGUGAGCGAGAGCACGACUCCGACCAGUAAAAAACACACGCGCUCGCGCUCCUUCGGCGGACUCAUCAAGACCCCAGCCAGAGAGCGUAAUUACCCAGAGGAGAGAGAGAGCAGGACUGUGGGCAUCUGCAGGACUCCCAUCCUCCUCCAGACCCCAGCCAGAGAGCAGCUCUACCCUGGAGGAAAGAAAGAAGAAAGAGAGAGUGAGAGAAAGGGAACCACUGUAGAAAGACAAGCACCGCACAAAGACCAGACUAAAAACAGCCUGGAGAGGAGAAAAUACCAAGUGCUGUUAUUCCUGAGGGAUCUGCGCUGCAGUAGAGGUUUUGGUCAGGACUGGCUGUCUGAACGCUGA